AUUGUAGAGUACUGUAUAGAGAAAAUCAAAUACAUUCGAUGUUGAAUUGAUCAAACACUCAGUUAUUAAUCAAAAUGGUUUAUGACUCAAGUGUAUAAACGGAUACUUACGUCGGUAAGUAAGUACACUAAUGUGGAUUUGUCCCUAUUCGUGGUGGGUGAAGUGGGGGAGUUGUGAAAAGUGAAAAUAUAAUCAUGAGAGUAACGUGCUGGAUUUAGCCAAUUAAUUUGCAAAAGUUGACUCCAACAAUCAAAUCUAGUCAAUUAAAUAAGUAAUUACUUUUGUAUAUAAACCAAAAUGGCGGUAAGGACGAAUUUGACAAUCAUUUUCUGUAAGUUUGAAAAACGUUUAUUCUAAGAUAUAUAAGACACUAGCUAGUUCGCUACCCAUUUGUGAUGAAAAAUCAAUUAUAGAGUAGAAAAAGAAGAAGAAAAAUAAUAGAAUACUAUAUAUCGAUUGUACGUAUAUAUUGAAUGAAGAAGUUAUUCGUGAUGAUACAAAUCAAUAAAAGCAUUUGGACAGCUAUAACAUGCAAAAAAAAAAUUGCUAUGUAGGUAUAAAGAUAAAAGGAUAACUAAGGGGCAUACAAUGUCCCAUAUCAACCAUGCACAACUCGUCAUUCGCAUGCACUACCAGCUAUAUCUAUAUAAUAUUAACUAGGCUAGCUAGGGCUUGCUCCAUUUCAAAUCACACAAGCUUAGACUCACACUCGAUCGAUUAUAAGUAUAUAUUAAAUGCGAUAGAACUCACUCUCUAUAUCGUGAGUGUGCACGGACGUGUACAUGUCGUCGUAAAACGGUACAUGGUGCAAUGGUGGUGGGACACUCUCAACACUAUUAUUAACUUUCCUAUGAGUAUAUGUAUUUACGCAAGUCAUAGCAAAUCUGCAUUCGACAAUUAUAGAUUCUGAAAUACUAAUACUCCAAACAAUUAAUAGAUCAUGAAAUAUAGUAUUAAAUGCUGAUAUUGAUCGAUGUUUUCCCCUGAGAAAUCAGUUUUAUCAUUCAGAAACAAAAGGAUAACACAAAUUAUAUGAUAUAUACAUAUAUAUAUAUAUAUAUAAAUAAAACUAUAUAGGCAAAUAUCAUAUGUUUUCCAUGGUAGUUAGUAUAAAUUAUAAAUAUAAUUACAGAAAACAUGUUUUUUAAAAUAAUAUAUUUUCAAGGAAAAAUGUAUAGAAGGAACACAUUAGUCAACAUUAUUGAAACAAUUCUAAACAGUUAAAAUACUGAUUGCUUUGCUUUUUUUUUUUUUACUUUUUGCCGUAAAACUAAUUUUUAAAAUUUUAAGUUUUGUUAAUCAUACACUAUGUAAUUUUUAAUUUUCAUUUCUUGAAAUGGUAUUAAGAUUCUUAGAAUUUUUUUUUUUUGAAACAACAAAUGGGUAAUAGAAAAUGUUUGGAAGAAAACAAGAGCGAUGGACCAAUGAAAAAGACAGGUUUGGAUCGGAAACGAGUGGAUAUAAAUUUAGCCCGCACGUGACGGGUGGUCGCUUCAAGUGUCGUAACUCUCUCACUCUCACGUGCGCGCACGUGUUAACCCUCUUAUAUUAUUUCACCUGAUCCCUAUAAGAGAAAAUAUCUACCAAUCAAUCCACAUCAGAUGUGGACGACAAUGGAAUAGCAAAAAGAUGGCAAACACUGUGCUCUUUUGAAAAAUACGAUACCAACAAAACAUCAAUAAGAUAUAUACACUGUUUAGAUAUAGUUAUAUAAAAUCAAUUAUAUCUUGUAAAAUGUAACAUUUAAUAAUUGUUAUUUGUCCUUACUUAUUCUCAUAUGCGAAUUUAGAAAUUAAGCUGUAGACAAUUGAUACACAUCUGAUUUCUCAUGUGGGUUUAAUCUAGUUUGUUUUUGAAGGAGUUGUAUUUAUUGGUAAAAACACUAGAGGGAAAGCAAAAUAAGAGAAUGUUGGAAGCUAGACCCCAAAACAUACUAACAAACAAGAAUGCUUUUGUUUGUUUCCAAGAAGAUUAAUGUUGUGGUUGUAUCUUUUUGUCUGAACAUCCAUGAAAUGGGGGACGUGUAGCUCUUUCUUUCGUUCAUCUUUUAUGACGUUCAUCGUCAUGUUACGUUAAAGGGUAUAAUUCGUAACUUUUUCUUAUUGCUCAAUGACCCUAAUGUUUUCCAAAAGUUGGAGAUACAAACUAGGAUUGAGAGGAUGACGAAGAUACAGAUAACUCAUACGUGAUCUUGAUAUCAAGACAUUUGCGUAAUUUAUUUAGAAAAAAGUUAGUUAUAUAUAUAUGGAUUUUUUUUUUACUUUCGGACAUGACCCAACAAAAAUAUGAACCGGGUUAGUUUUCAGCUAUUAGACUAAUAUAUCAUGGAUAUUUGACGUUGUUUAUGUUUUCUAUGAGACAUAAAAUCCUUUUAAAUGAAUGUUAAAUUUGUUCAUAUUAUAAAAAAAAAUUUACAACUUGUGUUACUUUAUUUGGAUGAAAAGAAAGGUAUACUUGGAAACUAAAAACUUCGUCUUUAAAACUCCAUUUAGCGAGAAGCGAACCAUAUACUCAUUUGCCUGAGAAUAUUUUGCUUCAACUCUGCCCCUUACUGAAUCAAUGCAGUUGCGUAUGUGCUUGUCAACAUAAGCAAUCAGGAGGGUCGGCUCGUGAGAUGUUGUCCAUGCUGUCUGCUAUUUCUCUCUCGCCACGUUAUUUAUACUAGAUUGAAAAACCGUGCGAACCAAGAACCCUCGUGUGCCAUCCAAAUAGAGUCCGCUGUAGAUUCUGGCUCCAGUCAUUCGAAUAAUUGUGAUUUAGCAAGUUUCUUGUGAGGCUAAUCCAAAUAAACUCAAGAGUCAGGACACGGAAAAAUAAGCGGUUUCUUGUUUCGAUGGUGUCAACGCAACCACAAUUAAGUAAUGCAUAAGAGAAAUCAAGAAACAGAUACAAGCAAACACACCUAUGUUUUAUUAGAAAUCGUCUAAACAAUCUAUUACAAAACUUGAUUAAUCAGCUUUACCCAGCUUGUUAACACCCUAACAAUUGCUACUGAAAAAUUCAUAAUCUAUCCAAACUUGUCUAUCUAUCGUCGUAUGCUUCAACGUCUGUUUCAGCACGACCCAAUAAUACUCUUAAGUAAUUUUUAUCCUUCCUAUAUAAUAAUAACUCAGUGUCUUAUAGAAUACACAAGUCUCCAAAGCUAUUUGAUAGUGAUCUCCACGUUUCCAAAACUCUUUAUCCAAGGAACAUAGAUAUGGACAAUUUCCAUAGUUAUAAGUACAGUUUUCUUUUUUUGGAAUUGCACUUAUUAUUCAAAGCAUAAACUUGUUCUUCAAGUUUAUCUCUUACAUUUUUACCACGGUAUAAAUUUGCUCUUCAAAUUUAUCUCACGCCAGCUCAACAUCUUACAUCGAUUCACAUGGUCUCCACCACUUUGCAUGCCUCCUCUGACACACUGCAUCAGCAAGUAAUCCAACAACUACGUCAAAACAUAAACCCUCAAGUUUAUCCUUUUCCAGCUAUAAAAUCUUGCAUCCAGACCCAACCAUGAGAAAGUUUAAAACAACAUAGACCGGAAGCACAAAAUUUUUUGAGGGUCUAUUAACCAAUUAAGUUACACAAAAUUUUAAAAAAAAUAUUGACCAGAAAAUUCAUAUACUUAUUUUCAUAGGGCCGGAAGCUUAUGUUUCCAUAGUUUAUGCCCAUGACCGCUACUGCUUUCAUCCACAUGGUAUUUACGACUUUGUAUGUCUUUUGUAUUAACGAUUAAUGUAUCUAGUAUUAGUAAUUUUGUCGUCUAAUUAGUCAUAGAAGACUAUUGACAUCUAGAAGCUCUGAUUUACAUCUUCAAAUGGAAGUGUCGCAGAGAAUGCGUAUUGUAUGAAACAAAAUUAUAAUAGUCAGCACGUAAAGCUUGAGUUAUUUGAGAGGGAAAAUAGAAAUGAUAAAGUCAUUUACAACUCUCCAUACCUACCAUAGAGUCAUAGACCAGUUUUUAUUUACAUAUUUUUGUUAUCUAUUUUUAUUGAAAACUCGAAUUUUAGAACAAGGAUUUAACUUCUUCCAAAAAUCAUUGUUAUGAGCUAUCGGUGUUGCAUUUGAUAUUUAGAAUUAGAUUUAGUGUGUACUUCUGGCCAGAGACAUGUAUACGUAGUCAGGUAUUAAUAUGUGAUUCUCUUAUUCCAACUGCAACAAGUUAAUGACGAAGAACAGAAUCACAUGGAAGGAGAGCAAGAAAACACUAUUAAUUGCCUCUGGAUUUGUCAUAAACCAACCUAACUCCACCAAAUCAUUAACUUCCAGUAGUGUGCCCAGGCAUGAUGCAUAAACCUUGUCUUCUUUCUAUUUAUGGACCCAUUCCCUAUAAAUUAUACUCAUAAUUUAAUCGACAAUAUUACUUUAUAAGGAUAACGACUGAUCCAUCACAAACCGGUCAAUGUCAUCGUCUUGUUUUCUAUAUGUAUCUAAACGAAAUAAACUUUUGUUUGUUAGGUAACAUAUAUAAUGGGCUUAAAACUAAGAUGGGCCUAAAUAUCUAAACAAGUUUAAACCCAACUUGAUCUGCUUUAGUUUCGUAAUGUCGUCCUCCUCGUCGUCGUUCUAAUAUUUUCUCUCUCCAUCUCGUCGAUGAGCUCCGUUCGGAAAAUUGUUGUUCAUCUAAGAGCUACAGGAGGUGCUCCGAUACUGAAACAAAAUAAGUUCAAGAUUUCAGGGACGGAUAAGUUUGCUAAAGUGAUUGAUUUUCUAGGAAGGCAGCUUCACUCUGACUCAUUGUUUGUGUAUGUAAACAGUGCUUUCUCGCCAAACCCUGAUGAGUCAGUAAUUGAUCUAUACAAUAACUUUGGGAUAGAUGGGAAACUGGUGGUGAACUAUGCUUGUUCCAUGGCAUGGGGAUAAAAACCGAGGAUGUACAUCAUCAGAGCUAUGAAGUUGGGCAUCAUGCCCAGUGAUGGGAUCUGCAAAAGAUGAUACUGCUGCUACUUUUAUUUGCUAGGAAACUUGUUUGUACAUUCAUAGGAAAUGGCUUUUUCAUCUUUAAAAUUUUUCACUUCAGAAUAAGCAUUACAAAUUGCAACGGUUUAAGGGGUGAUUCUGUACCAUAUAAAUCUAACUGGUUAAUACUUAAUACUUUGACAGAUUGAUUCA